GGCGGCCCCCGCGCAGCCAGCGCGGGAUCCCAUGGCCUGGGCGUCCCGAGCUUUGCCAACGUCACCAACGGUCACCGUCGCCCUUCGAACUCAGCCACUGGCCGCGUUCGCAGCCUUCCUCAACUGCUGGAAGCUGAAUCCCGCAUUCGACUCAGCGACCUCCGCGCAGACCUCAUGGGUCUCCACUUGAGCAAGUACCUGCUGGCCUACCUGGGCGAGCCCCGCGCCUCGCUGCCGCCGCGAGCCGAGGAGCACCGGUCUCCGCAGCCUGGGUCUGCCCGCCGCCGACUGGUCCCGGAGCCCUGCCAAGCUUCCCUGGUGCAGGUGAAGCACUGGACCUGGGUCCGCCACUUUCCCGCUACGCCGCCCCGCCGAGACUACGCCCAGAGCCGAAGGGCGAAGGUGCCGGUGGCAUGCGGGAAUCUCCCGAGGAGGCUGCGCCCCGCGUCGCUCCAGGGGGUGAGCCUUUACCACGCACGCAUGAGCUGCAGGCAUCGCUGGCUGUGGCAGAACCGGAGCUCCCCGGUGACCGUACGCAUCUCGGCCACAUCGCGCCCGGAGAGCCUGUACAAGAGCGCCGUGACCCCGGAGCGCCCGGAUCCCUGCGCCAGGGAGACGGUGCUGAAGGCACUGAGCCAGUGCAACAAGGGCAAACGAAAAUUCGACGGCCCGCUCUGGUUUGAGACCCCGGAGCCCAAGAAAAGGAAGCAGAGCCCAGCGCGCACGCCCUCUGCCUUCAAGCCUGUGCCCAGAAACGGAGUGGUGCGCGCCUUCGUGCCCAAGCCUGGGAAGCUGAAGAGGAGUGUCCGAUCCCGGGGAACCGAGUGUGCCAGGAAGAGAGCAGCCGGGUCCUGCAGUUCUGCUGCCCCUCGGCCUGCCCUGCAGGCCGCCAGCGCCAGGAGCAGCAGCGACAAGGAGCCCAGGAGCCUGCGGCAAGGGGCCCCACCCGGCCAGGAGCGCACCCAGCCUGCUGCCCCCGGUGGCUGCUAAGACUUAGGGCUCAGCCAUCACUUCCUGGACUCAUAGCCACAGCCCUGUCAUCCUGAGCCCUGCUGGGCCCCACAAGCCACCGAGCUAGCAGGUGCCUCCCCUGCUGUGAGUGACUCAUCUGUCAACACCUCUCUUGAGCCCACCCACCCUAAAGAGACUAUUGAGAUCAGAUCCCUUGCCCAUUCCCCCACCAAUCCACUCCUGCCCCCACCCCACCCCAGUUUCCAUAGUUAAGUGCUUUAUUAUUGUAAAUAAAAAUUUUUAAAAAC